AUGUUGGACAUUGACAUCAAAAUAGUCACCAUCGCAGCUCUAUUGCUCCUCUUUGCUCUGGAAACGGGCAUUCGCUAUUCAAUGGGACAAAAAUCGGUCAAAAAUCGACAAAUUUUGGAAUCAGGACCUCCAGAAAACCUGCCAGACCCUUCAGAAUUCAAGAAAUCAUCAUCUGAAAAAUCAGCUGACGAUCAGGCCCAAGAGACCGUAACCGAUGACCAGAAAAAUAGCCAAAAAGCUCAAGAACCUUCUGGAAUACCUGACAUAGCUCAUAGAAAAUUUCCAACAAUGGAAGAGGAAAUCGCAAGCUUGGAAGAAUUAAGCAACAAAUACGGUAAUGGACCACCCGCCAAGAGUUUUCUGACACAUCGAAAAAGUUUCAGAAGCAUCUCGUUCUGCUCAGAGGCGUCGGUAUCAAUAGCAAUCCGGGAAAUCGUCUUCUAG